CAUUUACUAAACAACAAGUGGUUUCUAUCUCGCCGUCUACUUUCAUCUUCUUCUUCUUGCGAUACUUUGCUGGAGAUUCUGGAAAAAUCCUCUAUCAUAAUUGAUUCCUGUUAUUGAUCGAUCGAUCGAUUCAAGCACAUGAAGCACUCAGUGAAUCGGCCUACGACACCUGAUGAAGACGUGGCGGACGCUUACGAGAAAGAUGAGCUCACGCUUCGAGAAAGCAUCAACACGAAGAUGGUGGAGAGCGGAGAGAAGGAGAAUCUGAUGGAGCUCGUGAGAGAUAGAUUGGUGGAGUGUGGUUGGAAAGAUGAGAUGAGAAUUGCUUGCAGGGAGCAUGUAAAGAAGAAAGGGAGAAAAGAUGUUACUGUCGAUGAACUAAUACGAGUCAUCACUCCAAAAGGCAGAGCUUCAGUACCAGAUUCUGUGAAGGAAGAGCUGUUGAACAGAAUUCAGAACUUCAUUGUAUCAGCUGCUCCUUGAUGGCCAACACUAAUUAGAGACAGAAACCAUAGAUUUUGUCACUGUAUCAUCUUUGCUCUUGUAGAAUUGGCUUUCCUACUUCAACUCUUUUUUGUAUGAAAUGAAACGAUGCAUCAGAAAGAAAAUGUUGUUUUAAUAACGGUGUUUCUUUAUCAAACAUUCUACAAAAUCAAUGAAAGUGUGAAAUGUUCAUGAAA